AUGGACGCCUGCAGCCUCGCAGGGGCAGAGCGCGCCAGUGUGCCCAGCGGCCGCGCUGCCGUGCUGCCCCCCCCCGCGCCCGCGUGCUGGGCGACGGCGCUGGCGGACGCGGCGAGCGCGCUCGACGGCAUUGCCUGCGAGCGGCGACCCGCCCGCGCCGACGUGCCCCACGGCAGAGUUGGCGGGCCCGGCAGGGAAAGCCCUUGUGCAGUGCAGGUUCGCAUAGAUUCUGAUAUCCCAGGAGAUCGCGAGGUGACAGCCAGCGACGCGUUUCCCUUGGGAGGCCAGCUUCGUGAGAUCAUGUGCCAGCAUCAGCCAGCUCGAGGUUGCGAUGGCGACGUUUGCGCGAAUCAGGUGGAGCCCGAGAGCGAGAGGGGCGAGCUCGAGACAAAUUUUGUUCCCACGCCACCGUCCAGGCGGAGAAGGUGCAACCUUCUUCCUCUUCCGCCUGGGGAAGUACGCGAAGUGCUUGUGUUGCGCCGUGGAGGUGAUGGUGAGAAGGAGCUGGUGGAGGCUAGGCCGGAGUUGAACGACUGGCUAUCCCUGGUCAUCACGGGUCUUUAUUUCCACUACGGGCUGCGCGGGCGCGCCCCCCGUCUGGCGCCCAGCGGGAGGAGGCCCACGGCGGCGCAAGCAUCUGCCACGCGGCUCCUUGCCGAGGAGGCACAGGUGUUCCUGGGCCAGUGCGACGGCGACUUGCCGACGAUCGAUUGGGAGGCCGAGAUGAAGGCCUCCGCCGUCAGCUACACAGGGGAAGAGGUCUACCCGUCCGAGCCUUUGAACCUGGGGCGGCUCGUCAAUGCGCCCCCCCCUGUGCCGGCGGCUUCGUCGGUGGACGUGCUCAGGGUCUGCGAGGGCUGGGUCCGCCAGGCGCUGCUGAAACCGAGUCGCGUCCUGCAGGCGGAGGGCGACGUGGAGGUGAUGCCGAGGACUCCCCGCGUCUGGGUUACCGCCUCGGAGCGGGGCCGCGUUGCCGCGGUGCUGGUCGAGCGGGAGAUCCUCGAGCCCAUCAACUUUGAAGAGGUGGCUGUCUUCGAAGGCAAGAAAAAGCUCUUGGGCGGCAUGUUCGGCGCGCAUAUGGGCGGCCACAAGCGUGGCGAAGGCCCCCAGAGGCUCGUCAUGAACAUGAUCCCUUCGAGUGCGAUCCAGAAGGUGACUCAGGGGGACCUGUCAGGCGAGGUCCUCGCCAUGUCGUCGGAGGACCCCAAGUGCUGCUUCUACGUCUACCGCCUCCCGCCAGCCUGGAGGCCCCACUUCGCCUUGUCGCUUCCAGUCCGGCGCAAGGCGCUGGGGCUGUCAGGCGAAGGAUCAGUCUAUCUGACAUCCACGGUGGUUCCGAUGGGCUGGGUCUCGGCGACGGGAGUGAUUCAACACGUUCACCGAAUCUCUUACGUUGCUGGCGGGCUGAUGUACCGGCUCUCCCUGCAGACCGUGAGCUUCGUCGUGACGCACCCGUUCCUGGUCGAGGCGGCGGGGCGGUGCCAGGUGGGCCCGCCGCCGUCUCAGGAAGGGUGUCGCCCGACAUUCGACCACCCCCUCGGAGUGGCGCGUGACCCGGUGGGCCAGCCGACCCAGGGCUUGUUUGCGAGGUGGGCCAGCUGCGUCAGCGGGGCGGCCGCGGCGUGGCCAGGCGGGCUCGCCGCCGCCGGCAGGGUGAAGCGACGUCUACAUCGGACGGGGCAGCCAGCACCUGGAGCUCGAGGCGUCGGUGUGGGGGGUAACCCUUUCCGGCUGAAAGUAGACGGAACUCGGCGUGAAGUAAUUUCGAAGUUCGGAAGGUGGCUGCGUUCUCUGCAACGGCUGGUGGAUGUGGUUCCAGAGCUGACGGGAUGUCGGCUGCUGUGCCAUUGCCGAGAGAGCCAAGAGUGCCACGGUGGCGAGAUCAUCAAGCUCCGGGACGACGUGUGCGCCCCUGAGUCCGAGGGCGACGUGCAGCCCGUUCGGACCGAUAACCAGUGUUGGCUCGUGCGGCAGGUGCACAUCGACAGCUUGGACAUGCUGGAGGUCGGUCCCGCCGCGGAGAUGGAGAUGCCCAAGCUGGCGGGGCGCCCCGAGGCCAUGCGGGCGGCCCUGGAGCGGCAUGAGGCACUCGGCGUCCCCGCGAGCGAGGCCAAGGCCGUGGUCAGAGAGUCCACGGCGACCGCGCUGGGUGACUUCGCGAACGGGGAGCAGGGCACGAUCGGGCCGCCAGGCGAGUUUUGCCGGAAGGUGAUCGCAUUGACGCUCCACACCCUGAGACGGCCGCGUGUCACACAGAAGUGGUUGCAGGUGCUGGAAGGGCGCUGGGUACGCAUGAUGCUCUACCGUCGCGAGACCAUGACCUGCUUUGCCCCUUACGCCACCGCGGCGGGGCGGGUGGCCACCGCCGUGUUCUGGGUGGUCCUGGCGUUCCUCGGCUUCAGUGACCAGCCGUGGCCGCAGCCUGCGGCCGACCAGCCCGAGGAGCCCGCCGCGUCGGCGGCAUUCGAGGACGUAGAGUACACUGAGCGAGCUCACGACGGAGAUCGUGGGAUUUUUCCGUGGAAGUCGAUGUCGUUCAGGAAGUGGAACCGACUGUAUUGGCGGAGCAGCAAGGAUGGCCCCGCAGGAGUGGUGAUGCUGCUCAUCGAGAAGGCUCCAGCAGGCGCGGGCCGCGCUGGCGAGUGGACGGCCUUGGAUCCCACGGGCAGGGUCCAGCUGAUCAACCCGAAGGACAAGGUCCAUGCCUCGACGCGGGCCAAAGCGGGGGCCACGUACACGGACCAUGCAGGGCUCAGCCAGCACGAGAAGGAGGAGGCGGAGCAGGCCAGCAAGCGUCUGCUGGAUCGCAUGAAAGGCCACACGGUCCCGAGCAUCUCCAAGAAGAAGGCCCCCGCCAAGUCCAAGGGUCGGCGCAUUCACCUGAUCCCGAGCUUCGGGGCCACGAAGGCGGCGGCCUCGCUCGGGCUCUGGGCGUGGGCACGGCGAAGCUGGGGACCUGUGGCGGGGGCUGGCAUCGUGGUAUGGCGUGCGUGGAGCUACUUCAAUGUCUACAGCUGGGUGGUGGCUAUAUACACCAAGUUCGAGGAAGGCCGUGAGUGGGUCGAGUAUCUCGGCGAGGUGGGCGAGUCCGUGGGCGAGAUGCGCGAGAGUGGGGAGCUCGACUUCUAUGUGUUCUCCCUGGUGAUCGGGCUGAUCGCUAUCUGGUGGGUCUUCGGCGGGUCCAAGGACACGGGCACGGAGUACGUAGGCUCCGAGAGCGACGAUGACUCCGUGGCCAGCGACGUCACCACAGAGAGCGAGGAGGCCGACUCGAAGACCGCCGCGAUGAUGGAGACCAUUCUCGCAGGACAGCAGCAGAUGGCGGAGCUGAUGCAGGCCGUCAAUGACUUGAAGAACCGCCCCGCUACAGUGUCGGCGGAGGUCGGGUCGGAUGUUCUGUCGGGGCCGAUCGAACCGUCGAGGGACAAGAUCGAGGAGCUUCUGGCCAAGUUGCGGGAGCACGAGCGG